CUGUGCCUCUGUAGUUCCGCCUUCCUCUCAACUCUCUCAGGUCUCAGCCUAUCACCACUUCACCAUUCACAGAUUUCACCAUCCCUGUCUCUCUUAGCAUCUGUCUCCGAUCUCCACAGUUUCUCACAAUUUCACCAGUCAACCACUCACCCCUCUCACUCUCUCAACCUCUCUGUCUCCGGCCUCCGUUGAUCGCCCUCUCACAAUCUCGGUCACCUCUGAAUCUCUGACCUCCCAGGGUCUCACAAUCUCUCCCGAGUCGCAUGUGCCCUCUCAAGCCUCAAGCAACCUUAGAUUAGUUAGAUAUGUCGUAUGGGUAGAGUAGAACAAGAUCUGGGAAGUUCUUCACUUCUUUCGGAGUUCUGGGCCGCUGAGUCCGUAACUAUGAAAAUGCUUUAGGAGUUGAACACACACACAAUGGAGUACAAUUCCCGCUUGAUCUUGAUUGGUUUAUGUGCAGAAAAUGAUUGUCUUGCCAAAUUCUGGUUUCUGCGCAACUCUAACUCGGGCACCUAUAGAUUCAUGUAAGAAAAAUCGAAGCACGAAUUCCGUCACUAUCUCAAGAUCAACGCCAUUCAAGAUUGAAGCUAAAAGACGCUGCGAGUGCUAUGAUAAGCACAAGGAGCUAGUCCCCUAUGAUGAGGCCUGGUCGUUGCAGAAAUCCAUUGUCGAGGAGAGGAAAGCACUUGUUCAAAGAAAUGAAGAUUUUGUAGACAGCCUGAUUGUUUUGCAGCACCAUCCGGUUUAUACCUUGGGAGCUGCCGGUUCAGAAGAAUACUUGCGUUUUGAUCAAAAGAAUGCUCCUUUUGAUGUGUACAGAACGGAGCGUGGUGGUGAAGUUACAUAUCAUGGGCCUGGUCAGAUAAUUAUGUACCCUAUUAUCAAUCUCCGUUACCAAAAGAUGGACCUUCAUUGGUACCUCAGGGCAUUGGAAGAGGUGAUAAUUCGAGCUCUUUCUUCAUCGUUUUCUAUCAAAGCUUCACGGGUUGAAGGCUUGACUGGUGUUUGGGUUGGAGAUCAGAAGCUAGCUGCCAUUGGCAUUAAGGUUUCUCAAUGGAUCACAUUCCAUGGCCUAGCACUCAAUGUAACCACUGAUUUAGCAGCUUUUCAACAGAUAGUUCCCUGUGGAAUCCAGGAUCGUCGAGUUGGAAGCAUAAAGGAGCUGCAGAGUGGAGUUUCUUCCAAUUCAUGCAAUAAAAUUGAUGAUUCUCAACUAAUGGAUAUUGCUUACAAAUCACUACUCAAGGAGUUUUGUGAACUUUUCCAAGUUGAUCUUUACUAUAAAUAACUUCAUGUUUUCAACAGGAUGCAACCCCUUACCUCCAUGACAGUUUUUCUUUUUAAUUGAGUUGAUUUAGAUAUAUACAAAAUUUGUGCAACUCAGUACAUUUAUUUUAAAGAUUUAACUAUUUUAUCAGAGAUUGUUAGUUCUUGGUUUUAAA